UGCUCAUCCAAGCAGCCGAGCGGCGGGGGCCACUGGACGGGUGCAAUGUGACGGGGGUCAGGAGAGACUGGGACACACAGCCUUAACCGCGCGGGAGGGAGGGUUUAACCAUUAACCACCAUUAACCAUUAAGGCAGCUGUGCAGAGCCGGUACUGUAGGCUACAUAAGGCGUGCGCACCGGCGCCCACGCCUCAGCCUGAGCGCGUACCGAGAGGCGGAGGAUACAUCCAGCCAGCCAGCCACGCGAAGGAGUGCUCGUGCUGUUACUGAUCGUCACUGAUCACACACUACUCUCCGGACCGCUGACACUAUAAGGUGACAGUUUACUCCGGUUGGAGAGGUGGGCUAUUUUUUCGCCGGUAGUAAUUCAAUCUUCAUACUGCAGACCUUUAAAUAUCUCCCUUGAAAACCUCCCAGCAGCCACGUGGUGUAAGGUGAGACAUUGCCAGCCCGGUACACUCACCAGUCUGACAUGAUCAGUGAACUGAGAGCAUUACUAGUCUGCGCUGCAAUCCGGCCACUCUAGACCUCUGAUUUUAUUUUUUCUGAACUUUAAAGGACUGUUUACAAGUGACUGGAGGGGAUUUCUGUUGUGAGUCCCCACGCCUAUUGUUUUCUCUUCUCUUCUGUUUUGAACCAGUAUGCUCUCUUCUUUUUUUUGCCGGUCUACCCUGAGCACCUUGCAGUGAAUGGAGAACAUACUGGUUCUGCUCCCUAAGCACCGACAGGAACACGGGCUGUGCAGACGCCCGGCUGCAUGUGCCUUGCUGCAGGUUUUUUCCUACAGAGCAGUUUUCUCCAGGUCUUUAGUAGCGACCCCCACUCCCUGUCAGCCUCUUUAAUGGGAUAAAUCAAUUGGACUGAUCAGGUUCAAAACCAGAUCAGGUGGCCAAUUCCAUUCUGACUUCCCCAAAACUGUUAGGCAACCUGACCUUUUCUUGUCAAGUCCACUGUCUUCCAAAGGCUUCCGCAUGGUACUUUGGUCGAAAGAACUAGACAAACUCCCUGACAUCAGCAUGUCCUCCGGGGCCAUUGAGGCAAAGAAGGAGGGCGGCCCACCGAGCCCGGCUCUACUCAACUCCAACUGCUCCGUCCCCCCGGUGAUCCUCACCAAGGGCACUGAGGAGGUGAGCCCAGGGACCGGGGGCGAGUUCGAGCUCACAGAGGUCCCGUCUCUCACAGAGAGGGCCGGCGAGGCCGCAGAGAAUGAGGAGAGGACGGAAAUUGUGGUGGCGAUGGACUGCCGGGCCAAUGCCAAAGGUCAGCGCGAGGAGGAUGCUCUCCUGGAGAACGCAAGCCAGAGCAACGAGAGCGAUGACACCAGCACCAACCAGAGCCCAGAACCACCGGCACCCCUCAAGGAGACCUCCUUCUCCAUUGGCCUGCAGGUGGUCUUCCCCUUCCUGCUGGCUGGGUUCGGGACAGUGGCAGCUGGAAUGGUGCUAGACCAGGUCCAGCAUUGGACGGUGUUUACGGAGGUGUCGGAGGUGUUCAUCCUGGUUCCAGCACUGCUGGGGCUCAAAGGCAACCUGGAGAUGACGCUGGCCUCCAGACUUUCAACAGCGGCUAAUAUUGGUCAGAUGGACACAGCUAAGAACAUGUGGAAGAUGAUCAUGGGGAACUUGGCCCUCAUCCAGGUCCAGGCCACAGUGGUGGGGUUCCUGGCCUCUAUAGCUGCUGUGAUCUUCGGCUGGAUCCCAGAGGGACACUUCAGGCUGGGCCACGCUGUGCUGCUGUGUGCCUCCAGUGUGGCUACUGCCUUCAUCGCCUCUCUGCUGCUAGGACUCAUCAUGAUCGGUGUGAUCAUUGCGUCCAGGAAAGUCGGCAUCAACCCUGACAAUGUGGCCACGCCCAUUGCUGCUAGUCUGGGAGACCUGAUCACCCUGUCCCUGCUGGCAGGCAUUUCAACUGGACUGUACAAGGAACUAGAUGACAAUGACUAUGCCAACCCGCUGGUGUGUGCGGUGUUUGUGGCGUUGUGCCCCCUAUGGGUGCUGAUUGCCAGGAGGAUCCCAUCCACCAGAGAACUCCUCUACUCCGGCUGGGAGCCAGUCAUCAUCGCCAUGGCGAUCAGCAGUGUUGGUGGUUUGAUCCUCGACAAGACUGUCACCAACCCAAACUUUGCUGGCAUGGCUGUCUUCACUCCAGUCAUUAACGGUGUGGGAGGUAACCUGGUUGCGGUUCAGUCCAGUCGAAUCUCCACCUAUCUGCACAUGAACGGUCUACCGUUGGGGGAUCCCAACCCCACCCCCAGGAAGUGCCCCACACCCUGCACCUCCUUCUUCGGCUCCUCUGUGAACUCUCGUUCAGCCCGUGUGCUCUUCCUCCUGGUCGCCCCGGGUCACCUCGUCUUCCUCUACACCAUCAACUCACUGAGGGGGGGACACACCACCCUGACACCCGUCUUCAUUACGUUCUACCUGGUUGCGGCACUACUACAGGUGAUAAUCCUUCUCUACCUGGCAGACUGGCUCGUCCACUGGAUGUGGGGUCGAGGCAUGGACCCUGACAACUUCUCCAUCCCCUACCUGACUGCUCUGGGUGACCUGCUGGGGACCGGUUUCCUCGCCCUCUGCUUCCACAUGCGCUGGUUCAUCGGGGACAGAGACUCUAAUUCGGGCAACUGAAUGCAUGCAGAGAUACACACAUGCACACACACAUAAAAGAAAAGAAAAAAAAACUUUACAUGCUCUUUGCUUGCACGCACGACAGUGACAAACAUCACCCGUAUGCGUGAACAUUAUCUGAAAGUGGACAUUGUCUACUAUAAAAGAGCUAAUCUCCUGUAGGGCUCGGAUUGAUGGUUUAGCAUUUGUAGCGCAGUAGCGUUUCAUCUUCAGGAUGUCAGGACACUGACGCACCGCGGCAGCAGCAGCAGUGUUGGAAACACACCUCAGUAUCUCCACCUCAACCAGUGAACAAACUCCACCUGAUGAACCCAGCCCCGCAAACUACACUUCUCUUCCUAUAUUUUACUAAAUAACUGAGUCCUACUACGUUUAUUGUUAUUAUACUUUUGACAAUGACUAUUAUUGUUGGUAAAUAAUGCAUUUGGUGUGAAUCGAUAUGUGCAGGGCCAGUCCUCAUUAUUUUAAAUGGGGACGUUAGCCCUCCCGUUUUUUAAAGAUCAAGUUUUAACACUUGAAACAAAGACGACAGAAGACAGCAAAACAUAUAUCCAAACCAGCCUAGAAUGCUUAAUCACCAAGUGCUAUGUCAUGUAUACAGAAUGAAUAUUAUAUGUGUCUCAUUUGUGAUUUAGUAGAAUGCAUAGGGCUAGCUAUUCUCUCUGUUUUACCCUGGCCUUGUGACGGUAGGAAAAAGGACCAAGGGGUUUUACUGCAGGGGACUGGACCACAAAUGUAACAAGCUAAAUCCCUUUUGGCAUCGCUCCCCUCAGUGAAUGGCUUAAUUCAAGUCAAAAAGAAACAGAAAAUCUUGGCCUCGAGAAUUAGGAAUAUCAGAUCUGAGGUCAGAUCACAAUCCAACAAACGCUUGUCAGCCACUGCGAGAAGGGAUUUACCUCUGAUUUUGUUAGCAGUUGAGAAUUGCCUUAUUAAUGCCGAUUUAAAAGUUUCUCACUCCCACAAUAGCCUGUAUUUUAUUCCACAAACGUCUUCUGGACUCCACAGAGGGUUGCACUGCUUCCUUUUUUUGGCCAACUACUAAAAACUGCCGUUACGAAAU